AUGUACGACAGUGACAGUGGUGUGGACGAAGAGGCGGCCCGCGCACCGGCAGCCGCCCAGCCGCCGGCGCCGGCGCCGGAGCCUGUCGUCGUGCCCACAUCCGUGUCGCAGAUCGCACCCAGUGUGCUGAAGCGGCUGCCGCCCGUGCUGGGCAAGGAGCAGGCCAAGAAGCGACUACUGGCCUUCUCGGCGGCACGCCAGGGCGCCAUCAAGAAGCCGCCGGUGCCGCCCAAGCCGGUGAAGACGGCUGCCGCCACCGCCGAGGAGGAGGAGAAGCGGCGCAAGAAGCGCGAGCGGAGCCCGCUGCUGAUUGAGCAGAUCAAGCGCGAAGAGGAGGAGCUGCGCGAGACGCUCAACCUUGGCCACUUGCCCAGCUCGGCCAUCAUCAUCGGCAAUGCCACCAGCAUCAUGGCUUCGAUGGCGUCGAUGGCGGCGGCCAAGAACCGCGACGCGCAGGUGGCCGAGGAGAAGGCGAGCAUCGAGGCCGCCGUGGAGGCGGCGGCCAGCCGCAGCGCAUCCCGGUCUGGCGGCCGGCGCCGGCGCAGCCGCAGCCGCAGCCGCAGCCGCAGCCGCAGCCGCAGCCGCAGCCGCAGCCCCGAGCCGGUGAAGCGGCGCCGGCCCGACACGCUGCCGAUCGACUGGCGCGAGUACAAGGACGGCGGCUACGAGCCGGACGACAUCCGCAACAUCCGCACAGAGCUGAUCCGGCGCAAGCGGCGCGACAGGGACGACCGUGAGCAGUAUCGGCGCCGGCGGCGGCGGCGCCGCUCACGCUCCUCCGGCUCGGGCUCGGCCGGCCGCGACUCGUCGCCCGAGGAGGAGCCGCCGCUGCUGCGGCCCGAGUACGACCACCGCAUGAUCGUGUACGUCAGCGUGGUGGGCCGCACUCGCGCGCUUGAGUACCCGCGUGAGACGGUCAAGACCACCAAGACGCGGCCUCACGUGACGUACGGCGAGAGCCUGCGCGUGUUCUCGCGCACCAAAUCGCGCAAGCGCGUGCUGGCGGAGGUGGACGAGACACGGCGCGCCGAGCUGGCGGCCUGGUGGUCGAGGUCGGAGCCGAGCACGCCGGCCGGCCCGGCCGAGCCGCUGCGCGAGCGGCCGUGGUACUCUCGCGACCCAGAGGUGGACGAGGUCGCGCCGCCUGAGCACGACGAGAAGGCGCGCUCUAAGUGGGACUCGGACGCAGAGGCGACGGCCGGGCCGCGUCAGAAUGGCCGACAGGCGGCCGCAGAGCUGGCGGCCGUGCAGGAGGCGACGGGGGCCAGCCAGGAGCCGACCAGCUCCGAGCCAAUGGAGGUGUCGUCGACGCGGGAGGAGCCGCAGUUGGCGGAGGCGGACACGGCCGGCGGAGCCGAGCCGGGCUCGGCACAUGAGGAGGAGGAGGAGGUGGCGGAGUCCCCGCCGGUCGUCGAUGAGCGGCCUCCCCAGGAGGAGGCCACCCAACAGAAGAGGGACUCUGUCAACGGCUCGGAGGUGGAGCAGGGCGUGCGGAAGGGCGAUGACGAGGAAAAGGGUCGAAAGAGGAAGGACAGCGUCGGCGAGGAAGUGAGUCGAAAGCGGAAAGACAGUGUUGACGAGAUGAUCCGAAGGCAGGAACAAGAUCGUGAUCGUAAGUUGAGCGGGCAGAGGAGAGGAAGUGUGGAGGAGGCUAGCCGUAGCAAGGGGAGAGAAAGUAUGGAGGAGGUGAGCCUUAGUAAGGGGAGGGAAGGUGUGGAGGAGUCGAACCGUAGCAAGGGGAAACGAAGUGUGGAGAAGGAGAGUGGCGGUGAAGCGGCCGACAGAAAGAUGAAAAUAAGCGGGGAAGUUGGUCACCGCGAGAGGAGGGAGAGUGGAGGUGGUGUGGCGGAGAACAGCCGCAAAGAUAGAGAAAGUGGCUUCGAAGCUGCCGAUCGAAAGAGCAGAGAAAGUGGGGAAGAGGAUAAGAGUAAGCGAGACGAAAGUGGCGAUGAUGUGGCGGUCAGAAGGAGGAAAGAUAGUGUAGAGCGCGAUGGCCGUAAGAGGGGAGGAAGUGACGAUGAAGGGAUGAGCCGCAAGAGGAAGGAAACGGAAGAUGGAGAAGUUGCAGGCAAAAAAGGUGGCGAAAAACCCAGUCGCAAGAUGAGGGAAAGUGUAGAAGAGGUGGACAACCGAACAUGGAAGCAGAGAAAGGAGGAGAAAGAGGUCAGUCGAAAACGAAGUGAAAGUUUUGAUCGUUCUGGCCGAGACAGAAGAGAGGUUGACGACAAUCGACGGGACACAGGCGACAAAAUAGACGGUGAGGGAGACCGGAGCAGGAAAGGCAGGGCGAAGGAGGAUGUCCGAGGCGGCGCUGAGAAAGAGUCUCCGGCUGCGAAGCGUAGCAGGAGAGAUAGGUCAGAAGAUCGGGCUGAAUACGCAAAGGAAAAAGGCGGUGAUCGCAAAGAUAGUAAAAAGAAGCACAAACGUAGGUCCGCAAACAAGGAGGACACGUCCGCAGACGACGAUACAGAUGAUUCGGUAGCUGAAGAGAAGUCCAAGAGGUCUAAAAAGAGCAAGAAAAACAAGGAUAGGCGUCGUGACGAUGAUUCUGAUGAGGACAGGGUGGAGAAGAAAAAGAAAAAGAAGAAACACAAGAAGGCUGCCUCAGAAAGUGACUCGGACUCGGACGAAUCGGUGGACAAGCCUAAAAAGAAGAAGCGCCACUCCAAAAAGAAGAAGAAGAAGGCCGCCGACACCUCCUCGGAGUCCAGCAGCGAGGACGAGUCGCCGAAGAAGAAGAAAAAGUCCAAGAAGAAGAAGAAAAAGAAGGGCCGCUCGCGCCAGCGCGACCCAUCCGACACCAGCGACGACUCGGACUCGGACGACGGCGCCGGUGCGGGCGGCAGCGGCUCCAAGAAGCGCUCGCGCCGCGAGGGCGGCGACGACGGUGACUCGGAGCGGCGGCGGCGGCGGCCCUCGCGCGACGGCCGCCCGUCCGAGCGGCGCUCGUCACACAAGCGGCGCCGGCGGGACAGUCCGAGCGAUUCAGCCGAGAGCGCGAGCGCUAGCACCAGCGACUCGACUGACAGUGCCAGCGACCAGACCGAUAGCGAGGUAGAGCGGAGCGGCCUUGUGGUGAGCGAUGAUCAGAUGGAGCCCAGCGGUCUGCUGGCGAGUGGUGGUCAGAUGGAGCCCAGCGGUCUGCUGGCGAGUGGUGGUCAGAUGGAGCCCAGCGGUCUGUUGGCGAGUGGUGGUCAGAUGAAGCCCAGUGGUCUGUUGGCGAGUGGUGGUCAGAUGGAGCCCAGUGGCCUGCUAGCGAGUGGUGGUCAGAUGGAGCCCAGUGGUCUGCUGGCGGCGAGCAGUGUGAUGGAGCCCAGUGGCCUGCUGGCGGCAGAGGUUCGUAUGGCGCCAAGCGGUCUGCUGUCGGGAGGGUCCGGCUCGCCGGAGCUCGCGGUCGCUCGCGGCCGCUCGCCGUCACCCGAGCUCUACAGUCCGCGGGCGGCGCUGCACUCGCUCUACGACCCCGGCUCGCCCACCUCGCCGCAGAUGAGCCCUGCGCCGGUCUCGGACAUUGCGGUGCGCGCGCCGCCGCCGCCCAAGCCGAUCGGGCUCGGUAUCAAGCUGGCGCCCGAAACGCACGCUGCGGCCGGUGGCGCUGGCCAGUGGGCGACGGAGAGUCCGCCGCGCGCUGCUAGCCCUCCAGAGGAGAGCCUGCCGUCGACCGACAGCGAGAGCGAGGAACAGAUGGUCUCGGAGCCCCAAGUCUCGCUCUCGCAACAGUCCGAGGCGGCGAUCGAACAGUCCGAGGUCGCGAUCUCGCAGCAGCCCCGGCCGCCGGUCCCGGAGCCCGAAGUCUCGCUCGCGGAGCGGCACGUCACGACGCUCCAGGAGCCCCAAAUCUCGCUCUCGCAGCGGCACAUCGAGGCGUUCGAGGAGCCCCAACCGCUGCCGCCGCCGCCGCUGCCGCUGCCGCAGCACAUCCCGCUGCCGUCGUCCAACCUGCGCCAGGUGACCAUCACCGACGACCCGCCGCCGUCCAAGGACUUCAGCCUGCAACGCAGCCUGGCCGACUCGACCAUCAGUGACUCGGAGCUGACCGACGAGCGACUCAACGACGACCUGUGGAACGUGGCGCUGAAUCAGCGCUCGGCGCCCUUCUCGCAGCCGCCGCCGCCCGUGCAGCGCUCGCGCUUUGUGCAGGUGGGCAACAUGCUGCAAGUGCUGCCGCCGCCAGACGCCCCGGCGGAGUUCGACCAGCCGCCGCCGCCGCUGCCGCCGGCAGCCGCGGCGCCGACCGCCGCGCCGGCGCCCACGGCCACAGCGCAGCACAUCACCGAGACGCUGACGCGGCUCUCGCAGGAGGUGGCCGCCGCCGCCGCGCCGCCGCCGACGGCGCCGCCUAACUGGUACUUCCCGCUCUAUCAGCCGGCCGUCCGGCGCCGCCGCAAGGAGAAGAAGAAGAAGCGCAAGCGAGAGAAGGCGGAGACGGAAGAGGAGAUCGGCCGUAAGGCGGGCAAGCUCUCCAAGCGACAGAAGAAGAAGCUGGACAAUGAUUUGGAGGCCACCAUUGCCGGCGGAGACCCGUCUCUGCCAGACAUCGACGACGAGGAGAAGGCGCUGCUCAAGGAGGCCAUGUCCGAGGUGCCUGAUGUGGAGGAGGCCGAGUUCGCCGGCUCCGACCCGGACGCCGAGGAGGACGAGGAGGAGGAGGAGCAGCAGCGGCCGCGCUCGCCCGUGCCGCUGCCGCCGGCCGAGCGCAGCAUCCUCGUCAUCGACGGCUUCAGCAAGGACCGGCUGGAGAAGCGGGUGGGCUUCGCGGACGGGUACGGGCCGGGCGAGGGCUCGCCGUCGGAGGACGAGGCGUCGCCGCCGCCCUCGCCGCCGCCGUCGCCGCCCAGCCGGCGCGGCCGCGGCGGCCGAUGGCCCGACAUCAAGAUCAAGGUCAUCCGUCCGUUGCUCGAGGACGAGGAUGAGGGUGCAGAGGAGGCGCCACCACCGCCGCCGCCGCCGGGCAGCCCGCCGCCCGACCCGUACUACUACCUGGGCCCGGCCGGCCUGCUGCUGCUGUACAUGCAGCCCAUCGACGCCGACGGGCCUGCGCUGGCGGCCGACCCGCUGGCAGCACCGCUGCCGGCCCUGGUGGCGCCCACGGUCGGCUGA